AUGAGCAGAAUCGGCCUUCAACAGCUCAACAACUCGGCACGCAACAGUCCAUUUGGCUCCGAGAAGGCCACCGGCACCAAGCAAAUUCCAGAACCGCUGAAGCUCACCGCCCAACUCAAGAAAUAUCAGCCAAUCACACCGUCCCCGCUGGCUUCUGCCACCACAAUCACACCGGUUUUAUCUCCAUUCGACGUGUUCUGUGAUGAUGAUCAAGAGGCAAAAAACGUGGAGACGCAGAUGUUUGAGUACGGCACAGUGUCCACGCAAACGAUCAUCAACGUCCCACACGUUCAACCAAAAAUCACAGAAGCCGAUCUAACAUCUGAAAAACCAACUGUAAACUAUCUUCGCGUGAUGGCUGACCGUCUGCAAAUGGAUCUGGACGAUGAAAUGGACAGAAAUCAGCGUCUCGUCGCCGAACUCGGAGAUCUCGACGAAAAAAUGCGAAAAAUCGACGAUGACACGGAGAUUCUUCUCGAAGUGCUCGCCGACAUUGACGAGGAGCAACAGACGGAUGAGGAGAUUGGCACCGCGCAACUUUAAAUUACUAUCCACGCUCUCCUCAAAGCCGAAUAAUUAUUAGAGCGCGCUUGCUACGAUUCGCGUUUCUGUGCCCGCGGUGUUUUGCCUUUUCAUUGAAAAUAGCAGAUUUAUCGAAUUUUUAGCUUAAAAUUUUUUUUCGGCUUUUUACGAACCAACCUUUUGUUAAACAGUGAAAAUCGAAUUUAAAAUGACUAAAAUGAACUUUUUUCGUUCACUGGCUGUAAAAUGGUUUGAAUUUGACGACAUCAACGGGAUUUUUCUUAUUUUCUAAAUAUUUUUCAAUUAAAAAUCGGUUUUAAUGCACUUGUAACCUAACGUUAGAGUCAAAAAUAGUUUAAAACCGAAUUCUAAUCGAAAAAUAUUCAGAAAAUACGAAAAAUCCCGCUGAUGUCUUCAAAUUCAAACCAUUUCACAACCAGUGGACGAAAAAAGUUCAUUUUAGUCAUUUUAAAUUUGAUUUUCACCGUUUAACAAAAGGUUGGUUCGUAAAAAGCCGAAAAAAAAUUUUAAGCUAAAAAUUCGAUAAAUCUGCUAUUUUCAGUGGAAAAGCAAAACUCAGCCGACGCUGAAACGCGAAGCGUAGCAAGCGCGCUCGAAUAAUUAUUCGGCUUCGAGGGGAGCGUGCUACCUCGUGUUUAUAUAUAUCUUGUGUAUUUACUUCAUUCCUUUUACGAGUUUUACCAAAUUUCAACGCAAUUCAAUUUUAAAAUGUUUUUUUAUCAAAUGAAUUUCAAAUU